ACUUAGUGGUGGUGGGGCUUGAACCAGCAUCCCACUGAAUACUAGACCAGUACCUUAACCACUGAGCUACCAACUGCCAGUUCAGAUAUGAUGCUGACUGUCUAUCCUCAGACAAAGACUUACUUUUCUCACUGGAAGGAUUUGAGCCCUGGCUCUGCCCCUGUAAACAAGCACGGAAAGGUUGUGAUGUCUGGCGUGGAAGAAGCGGUCAACAAAAUCGAUGACCUGACUAGUGGACUGCUAAACCUGAGCCAGUUGCACGCUUUUCAGCUGCGUAUUGAUCCUGCCAACUUCAAGAUUCUUGCCCACAACUUGCUGGUGGUUCUAGCGAUCACAUUUCCCAGUGACUUUACUCCUGAGGUACACGUGUCUAUGGACAAGUUUCUUACCGCCGUAUCUUUGGCUCUUGCCGAGAAGUACCGAUAAGAUGCUAUAAGCUGUCAACAAAUGAAUACACACACAAUCAAUGUCUUACUGAAGUCUAGUGAAUUGUCUUGAUCAAAAUAAAACCCAAAAUAUUAC